AUGAAUCAUGUCCAGCCACCUCGCGACAUUGCUAUCGUGGGCGCCGGGUUCGCGGGAGUAGCUUGCGCCCUUGCCAUUACUCAAGAGCUUGGGCCAUCUGUUCCUAAUCUGAAGAUCCGAGUCUUCGAGCGAAGUGAUUAUCCCUCCACGUCGGGAGGUGCAGUCAACUUGACACCCGUGGCCCAGCGGCAUCUCACCAAGCUUGGAGUUAUGCAAGAACUGAACCGAAUGGGCACAUACGGUGGCGCCGAUAUCGAUGCCGUCGAGGUUUUCUCGAUGAACUCCGCCCGUCCCAUCGGAUCCGUCGAUUUCAGAGACCGAGCCGGCAAGAGCUACUGUGGAUUCAAGGGUCGUCGGGUCAUGCGCGUAGUUCUUUUGACGGCGAUGAUAGCCGUCGCCGAGCGCGCCAAUGUGAAGUUUGUCUAUAGCAAGAAAGUCAUCGGUGGAGAAGAGAUUAACGACAGCGCUGUCGUACACUUCGAAGAUGGCACUUGUUCUCACGCCGAUCUUGUUGUCGGCUGCGAUGGGGUUCAUUCCUUAACGCGCACCACCUGGGUUGAUCCCGACUGUCCGUCCGAGUACUCUGGGAUGUCAUUUUUGCAGACUACUGUCGACACCAAUGAGAUAUCGUCGCCUCUACCUUGCGAUUCGGCUCUUCAUCUUUCACGCUACGGUUCCUUGAUCACAACCUACUGCGAUCGUGAUCGUGAGCGAAUAUUCGCUGCCGCCAUUGUGCAAUUCACUGAAGAAGAAAUUGACUGUUACCGUCUGAAGCCCGGCCAAGACUGGGAUACUCGCAAUCGCAUUAAAUCGAGCCUACGAAACCAACUGCAAUGCCGCUUCCGGAAAAGUGCAGAGCCGUGUGUUAAAGAGAUCGUCCACAGCGACCAGGAAUGGAUGUUAUAUCCUGUUUACCUGAUCCGUCCGGGUGGUCGCUGGUGUAUGAAUCGAGUAGCUUUGCUUGGUGAUGCAGCUCAUGCAAUGCCCCCGAUCUACUCCUCAGCGUCUUACGCUCUUGAUGAUGCCAUUCUCUUCGCCCGGGUACUGGCACGUUAUCGGCUCGAGCCAUUGUAUAAUGUCUUCGAUACAUACGAAAAGCUGCGUCGCGAUACAGUUGAUAACGCAUUUGUGGAGUCAAACAGGAUUUGGAACCGAAUGAAGGAUCGGGGUUCUAUGGACGCACGGGUGAGAGAUUGGAAGAUGGCAUCUUAUCUUAAGCACGACAGCCACAAGCUACAGAAGACCUGGAAUGCCGACGCGGCUAUGAUUCCAAUUCCGACUCCAGAAGCCACUGGGCCCCUGUUAUCAAUGCAGACUUUCUUGCGAGCGUCCGUUAAAUAA